AUGCCGCCCAAAAAGAAGCGCUACAUCCGCCAGCACGACGCCCGCGGGCGGUUUGUUGCUGCUGGUGAGCAGAAGCAAAAGGCUGACCACGCUAAGCGCAAAGCCCAAGCUCGAGCCCGGCACUGGAUUAAGCGAGCUCUGCAGCUAUCCACGUCAGAUGAAGACCAAACCACUGCCAAAUGUAAGAAAGAUGACAAACAAGAGGCCGACACUCUACACGCAACUACGGAGAAGAUGAAUACGAUCGAGGAAGGUGAAGCUAACGAUAGUGAGUGA